ACAGUCCAUUGUAUACAACAUCAAGCAUACUAAUAUACUAGUUUGUUCCUAUCUUCUCCCUGAGGACUACUAGCAUUGCUAAUAUAUUCCUACUGUUAACACCUCUACUUAUCCUAUCUGCUCCACCGCUAUGUCCUUUAUCUACGAAUUGAAGUCCGUGCCGGCCCAUUACGCCCGUGCGGAAGGCUCUUUGCUUUCUGAGGACGACAGGCCUGUCAUUGGGUACGCUAAGUACACUGUUUCGCUGCCGCAGAAGAAUAAGAAGGUGGUUAACUUACUUUUUGCCCAUGGUACCGGCAUGAACAAGAGUAUUUGGAGAUACCACAUUGAAAAACUCUAUGAGUUGGCCGCUGGGAAUUUGCCAUGGCAGUUGGGGACGGUGGUCGCGUUUGACGCCAUCAACCACGGCGAUUCAAUGGUGGCUAACGCUGGAAAGUUAGGUGUCACGCACAACUGGACGGACAAUGCGAAAGAUGCAUUGUGCGUGGUCAAGAACGAACCGGAAUUAUCGUCUUUGAAUCUGGAAUCCAUCACUAUCAGCAUUGGCCACUCGUUAGGUGGGUUCACCGCUUUGUAUGCUGCCUACUUGGAGCCAAUCUUCUUCGAGUCGAUCAUCGCCAUUGAACCGGUGAUUUCCAGCAAAGAGCUUUUGAUCCCAGCGGAUCAGAUUUCCCCUGAACAAUACGCUUAUGCUGUUUCGUCAAGCUACAAGAUGCUUAAAAAGUUGGAUUUUGCCAUCCAGGAUCAGUUUGAGGAUGAAGCUGAUUUCGUGGAAUUCAUGACCAAAUACUCCUUCUAUAAGAACAUCCCCCAGAAGGUGUUGAAACCGUUUUUAGAAGACGAGAUGAUAGCUGGGAAAGACGCCGAUGGCGAAGACAUUAUCACUGUGAAGGCUUGCAAGAAGCAACAGAUGGUCGCCUAUAUCGGUGCCAGGCAUGCCAUUACUAAUGGUAUGCCAAUCCUAAGGUUUAUCAAUAUCCCGGUAACCCACGUGAUGGGUAGCAAGUCCACCUGGAACGACCCGGACUUUGGUAGAAGCUACAUCAGAUCCGAAAUCCCUAACUGUCGUGGGGUAGAGAUUGAAAAUGGUGAGCACUUGGUCAACUGCGAGAUGCCAGACGAAACCAUUGCGGUAAUCAUCGAUCACAUUAACGAAGCAGUGCAGAGAGCGAACAAGGCGGGCAAGCAGUUCCCUGCUACCCUCACCGACAAGCAGCGUGAUGAAAUUUUUGAAGCCAGGUAUGACAACAUUUUCAAAGAGUACGAGCAGAUUGUGGCGGAGGCUAAAAAGGCCCGGGCCAAGUCUAAACUUUGAGAGGGCUACUACCCCGCGUGCUGUUUACUACAUAUAUUUGAUGUUUACUAUUCUAUGAAGGAUAUUAAUUAUAUUGAGCCGUAACUAAAUUAUGGAAUCUAAAUUACUGGUUAGUAUAAGCGUUGGUGGGGCCAAGACCCCGAUA